AUGAAAAGUACGCAAUCAAAUUUAUCAAAUCUGAUUAAGUUCAUUUUGAGUAAAGUUCGAGAAAGACUGCGUAGAAAAAAGCACUAUGUAUUUGACUGGGAUACUAUUUGCACUUGCUGUUUGCUAUGUGCAUACAUAUCGAGUUGUUGAUCUUGGAAACGGAAAGCUUCAUAUCCUGAACGUACGACAAGAUGUGACACUCGAGAGAGGAUCAACAAAUUUCAACUUUCUCAAAUACCUCAUCAUUGGACGCCACCCUGGAUAUCCUUUAAAACGAUCAUUGGUUCAAUUUGAAAGUUUAAGAAGUUCUUGUCCUGGCCAGAAAAUAAAAUUUGCGAAGAUGUAUUUGUAUUACGUAUACGCCCACAAGGCUAGUUUCCAUUCCGUUCGAAGAACGCCCUUCUUUUCCCACAACAUUGUUAUCCAUCGUGUGUUGAAACCAUGGAAUGAACGUCAAACUACGAGUCUCUAUCGCGUUGGAAAAAUUAGAUGGUAUUCUCAAUACUUAAAUCUUCAAAAAGACGCUACAUCUGCAAUCCAGUAUCCUAUAACAAGAUUAAAUUCGGGUAGACCGUCUGGCUGGAUGGAAUUCGACGUUAAAAGGGCAGUAUUUGAUUGGAAGCGUGGUCGUCCAAAUUAUGGUCUCCUAAUCCGUGUGCAGAACGAGAGAGUUUUGGGUCGUGAUCUGCGUUUUGCAAGUAACGCCCACAAUAACAGAAAUUUGCACGCAAAAAUCCACGUGAUGUGUCGGUAUUAAACAAAUGCACUGUAAUUAUUCCAUUCUUUUUUGGAAAUAAAUAUUUUUGUUUA